AUGGGUUCCACGCUCCUUUUUCUCACUUAUGCGGUGUUCGCAACUAUAGCGUAUACUUUGUUCGUCUGUAUUGGACGAGUUUACUUCCAUGCUUUCGCACACGUUCCUGGCCCAAUCUUAGCGAAGCUUACGAACGCGUACAGCGCUUAUCAUGCUGCGAAGGGGGACACGCAUGUUAUGAUACAACGUCUUCACGAGCAAUAUGGGCCUGUGGUCCGGUAUGGACCGGACAGGAUUCUUUUCAACAGUCGAAAAUCGAUGGAAGAGAUAUAUGGCCGCCAUGAAAACCUUUUCAAGGGCAGAGCAUAUGAUGCCAUGAGGGUACAACCGCUUCCUAGCGUGUUCAACGCUGCAAGCAACGAACUUCACUCCAGGCGGAGGAAAAUCAUCUCCCAAGGCUUUUCUGAGCAAGCAAUGAGAGCGUCGGAAUCGAAAAUUCUGAGACAUGUUGGGAAUUACUGUGAUGUCCUGUUUGAACCAUCAAAUGGCAAGGAUUGGGGUGAAGCACGAGAGACGACGCAAUGGAGCGCCUUCUUUGCCAUCGAUCUCAUUGCGGACCUUACGGUUGGAAGAUCUACGGCAAUGUUGACAAGUCCUGAUAAUCGGGUCUACAAUCCGGCACGCAAGGCCAAUUUCGUUCGCAUGGGGCUUGCUAUCCAAUGGCCUGAGGCAUUUUGCAGCGGCAUGGUAAACCCGAUCAAAGUAGGUGAAGUUCUUUUCCCCAAGAUCGCGAAGCUGGGAAAGGAGUGGCAUAUGCUCUUGGGCUCUUGGAUUGCUUCACGCUUGACGGAGCUUAGGUCAGAAAAGGCAACUGGUGAAAGCGACAUGAUCACGGCAAUCGCUCAAUACAGAGACCCUGAUUCGGGUGAAGGUCUUAGCGAUGGUGAGCUAACGGCCGAGAUGACUACUCUACUCAUUGCCGGAAGCGGUACUAUCACCACUGGUAUGACGAGCCUUCUCUGGUAUUUGUCCCGGUAUCCGGACGAGUAUCAGAAAGCGGUCCAAGAAGUGCGUAGCAUCUUCAAAAAGCCUCAAGAUAUUGGGAUGAACAGCAGAUUGAGCAGAUGCACCUAUCUCAAGGCCUGUUUGCAAGAGGCUAUGCGGGUCUCCCCAGCUCCUACUGCGCCACUCUACCGUGAAGCUGGCCCGGGGGGUGCAUCCGUCUGCGGGAUCUAUGUCCCGGAAGGCUACGAAGUCGCCACCUCAAUCUAUGCUUUGCAUCACAACGAAGCGCAUCACCCUGAUUCUUUCAGGUUUGACCCCUCAAGAUGGCUGCAAGAUAACGAGAAGGUUGCAGCCACGAAAGCGGCAUGGGCACCAUUCUCUGUCGGUGACCGGAACUGUGUGGGCAUGACAUUAGCCACAAAUGAAGUCUUGAUUACAAUGGUAACUAUCCUUUGGCACGGCGAUUUCAGGAUUGCAGAUGAUGCAAAGCUGGCUAGCAUUGGCGCUGGCAGUUCGCGUCUUGGACCUGGGAGGCAAAGGGAAAAGGAGUUUCAAUUGUACGACACCUUCGGUGCUUCAACCGAUGGACCUUAUCUCCAAUUCAAGCGGAGAGAGACUAUAUAG